CCGACAGCCGCCGACCGCUGACAGUGACACCCCCCUUAGCCAUGAUAUCAUGGAGAUCCUUAUAGGUUGGGAUCAUAGUUAGAAUGGUUGUCAGCAACGUUGGCAGUAGAAAAUAAUUAAAUUUAUAUAUAAAUUUAUCAAAGAUUUGUAUCCGCAAAAGUGGGUUGUUUGGUACUAGUGAAAUUUUAUUUUUAUCUUCCGUUAUCAUCAGCUCGAUACCCAAGAUGACAUUUCGAUGGCGUUCGCCUGACAGUUCUAAAUAAUUUCCUGAAAAUUGAAUUCAUCUUUAUUUUUAAUUUUUGUCACAACUAAACUUAGGACAUGAUACAAUGAUGCCGAUAAAGGAUAACCAGGAUGUGGCAUGUUUUCUUGUCACAAAACACUCGUGGAAGGGAAAAUACAAGCGUAUUUUCUCUAUCGGAUCCUUGGGUAUCACUACGUAUAAUCCAAGUAAUCUUGAAGUUACUAAUAAAUGGGCAUACUCAGAUUUUAUUGGUCUACAACCAACAAAUAAAAAUCAGGGUGGCCUUUACGAGUUUAGUAUUACUAUGCGUAAGGAAAAAAAGUCAGAAUCUAUGAGAUUCAGUUCUGAACAUAGGGCAGAACUCUUGACAGAGGCCUUGAAAUUCAGAAAUCAAUUUGCCGAAAAACCCAGGGAGAUAUUGAGAUACCAGGCCUACAAACACCACUGGUCCGAUACAAGGUUACCUGUAGUCCUUGAGGUGACACCAUAUAGUUUGGAUCAACUGGAUCCUGCCACAAAUAUGCUAUUGGCUAGCUACUGCUAUAAAGAUUUUGAAGGUCUUGCUACUAUGAAAGAUUAUCCUGGUGGCUUUGUGAUAGUUUGUGGUGGAUUUGGACGGCUACACUUGUUUGCUUCGCAACAAAUUGAAGAGAUAAAAAAAAAGAUGCUCGAGUCAGCACUGAGCAAUUUGGGGAUCAGUUUAAAAGUCCUGAAAGAACAGAUAAUUCUUGAUGACUUUGUUGCCCAAAGACUGGGAAAAUUUAGUGUGGAUGAACACAUAACUAGUGUGUCUGAAUUCACUGUUCACAAAUUAUCGUCAAGGCAUUCAGAUCCUCAGAGACGGACUUUGUGUCUCUCUGACACUUGUCUUGUUGAAAGAGAUCCUCAAACCUACAGCAUAUGCACUUUGAAACCGUUGUCUGACAUCUUUGCACUGAUUCGUGACAACAGGAAUCCACAGUUAUUCACCAUUCAAUAUCUCAAUGGUCAGAUUCGGAGUUACACAACGACCGACAGAGACUCCUUACUUGCCUCUUUGUUAGAUGGUGUAAGAGCAUCAGGAAACAGAGAUGUUCAUGUUAAAAUGUACCCCAUUUCUAGGGGAAAAAGACUGGGUCCACUUAAUCUGCCUGUUGAUGAAGAAGUCGAAACUUCUCACGUAAAAUUUUUGCAACAACCACCUGGGAAUAAAUCUUUUUCUGAAAUAUUGGAGAGAUUUAAUGCUAACGCUCCGUACAAUGGGCUUCAUUAUUCCACCUCUCAAGAUGAAUGUGUACCGCUCAAUUGGACUGUACCUACGUUACAACUUCAAGUCCACAGGAUUACAAAUGACUAUUUGCAGGGCCUCUUUACUGAAAAUAAGGACAAAGUAAUUCUUGGAGCUCUGAACUCUCUAGUGAUUAAAGAAUUGGAAACGAAUAGCGAAGUAGAAGCACAGUUUCAUGCAUUGAGAAGGUUGGUUGCCAGCAAAGUUGGGUUCACAGCUUUUACAACUUUACCAGGCUUCAGAGAGGCCAUUGGGAACAAAGUUGUGAGAGCAUUGAAACGCCAGGACUGUGGAGUGACACAAGCUGCCAUAGAUUGUAUUUGUGCUCUUAUGCAGCCCAUGCAUGAAGACUGUGACUUGAGACAAGAGCAAUUGAAUAAGAGCAGUUUACUGAGUAGCACCAAGUUCCUCGAAAGUCUACUGGACAUGUGGAUCAGCCAUGUGAAUCAUGGUACAGGGGCUCUUGUUGUUUCUGCUAUGUUGGACUUCUUAACCUUCGCUCUCUGUGUACCGUACAGUGAAACAACAGAUGGCAAACACUUUGAUAAUUUACUUGAAAUGGUAGCCGCAAGGGGCAGAUCUUUGUUUCGAUUAUUCCAACAUCCGUCUUUAGCCGUUGUAAAAGGAGCCGGACUUGUAAUGCGGGCUAUUAUUGAAGAGGGAGCACCAGAAAUCGCAGCAAAGAUGCAAGAGCUUGCUUUAGCCGAAGGUGCCCUACCAAGACAUUUAUUAAACAGUUUGUUUACCCAAGGCAGUGAUGGUCGACUUUUAACGCAUCGACAAUUAUGUCGACAUCUGGUAGGUCUAUGGGUCACUGGGCAUCCCACUGCUAUGGGAUUACUGAAGCGAAUUAUGCCAGUUGGGUUACUCAACUACCUGGAUUCAGAUGAGAAAGUCCCAAAUUCGUUUUUGGAAGAGGAACGCCUAAACAAUCGCGAUAAUUUGAAAAUUGCUAUCGACCAUGCAUCAAAAAAUAAAAAAAGCCCGCAAUGGAUUGCAAUUGAGCGUCAAAUGCGGGUAGUGGAAAAGCAUGUGGAAAACGCUCUCCAGCAUUGGGGAGCUCGAGUUGGUAUCGAACGUCAUGAAAAAAUUAAAGAAAGACCGAUCGUGCUGAGAAAACGUAGGGAGAGAAUUAAAUCCGAAGCAAAUUGGAAACUAUUUUAUUAUAAGUUCAACCAAAAUCAUGCACUGUCUAAUUUGAUUUGGAAUCAUAAAACCCGGGAGGAACUACGAACAGCUUUGGAGAAUGAAAUACGUGCAUUUAGCUCUGACAAAGAUUUAUCAGGAGGUACCUUGAUUGCUUGGAAUCAUAGAGAAUUCGAAGUGCAGUACCAGUCUUUAUCCGAUGAAGUUAAAAUUGGUGAUUACUAUCUGCGACUCCUAUUGGAGAAAGAUAGUCCUGAUAGCCCUAUAAGAAAGUCGUAUGAAUUUUUCAAUGAUUUGUACCACAGAUUUUUAUUGACUACAAAGAUUGAAAUGAAGUGCCUCUGCCUACAAGCAAUGACCAUAGUUUAUGGCCGAUAUUACGAAGACAUUGGACCGUUUUCUGAUACCAAGUAUAUAGUGGGUAUGCUUGAACGGUGUACGGAUGUACUGGAGCGAGAUCGUUUAGUUAUGUUUAUAAAUAAAUUGAUACUACAUAGAAGAAAUGUUAAGGAUAUCAUGGACCAAAAUGGUGUGAGAACUUUGGUUGAUCUCCUAACACUGGCUCAUCUACAUACGUCACGAGCAGUCGUUCCGACGCAGACAAAUGUAAUAGAAGCUGGACCGGAUCAAGAAAGAGUAAUGGAGAAAGAAUGGUACUACAAUGACGGGGAUCAAAGAAAAGGUCCAAUCUGUAUAAACGAACUAAAGAAAUUGUAUGCCGCUAACAAAAUUACUAACAAAACCAAGGUAUGGGCGCAAGGGUUGGAUGGCUGGCGGAUGGUCAUGCAAGUACCUCAGUUGAAGUGGACGCUCGUUGCCAAAGGUAGCCCAGUCAUAAACGAAAGCGAAUUGGCAACCCUAAUUUUGAAUAUACUCAUCAAAAUGUGUGAAUAUUUUCCAAGUCGAGAUGCUGAUAAUGCAGUAAUCAGGCCACUUCCACGUGUUAAGAGGCUACUUUCUGAUCCUCAGUGCUUGCCUCAUAUCGUUCAGCUACUACUUACUUUUGACCCAGUCUUGAUAGAACGAGUUUCAAUUCUACUUUGCGAGGUCAUGAAAGAUAAUCCAGAUGUAUCAAAAAUCUAUCUUACGGGCAUAUUCUAUUUCAUUUUGAUGUAUACUGGAUCAAACGUUCUACCUGUUGCAAGAUUCUUGCAGUUAACUCAUGCAAAACAGGCGUUCAGAGGUGACGAAAACACCACGUCUGAUAUUAUGCAGAGAAGUAUACUGGGGCAACUUUUACCAGAUGCUAUGGUUAGCUACCUCGAAAAUCAUGGUGCAGAGAAAUUCGCGCAAAUAUUUCUUGGUGAUUUUGAUACACCUGAGGCAAUUUGGAAUGCCGAAAUGCGCAGAAUGCUGAUUGAGAAAGUAGCUGCACAUAUUGCAGACUUUUCACCUAGGCUGAGGAGCCAUACACUGGCUCGUUACCAGUACAUCCCUAUUCCUGCUGUCAGAUACCCACAACUUGAGAACGAGCUAUUCUGCCAGAUAUUUUAUCUGCGCCAUCUGUGCGAUACAAACAAAUUUCCACAGUGGCCUAUACCAGAACCGGUAAAACUAUUGAAAGACGUUCUGGAUGCGUGGAAAAAAGAAGUGGAGAAAAAGCCACCCUUAAUGACCGUUGAUGAUGCUUACAAGUCAUUAGGAUUGACCGGGGGCAAACAACAUAAUGAAGCAACUGUCAGAAAGUCUUACUACAAAUUGGCCCAGAUGUAUCAUCCAGAUAAAAAUCCCAAUGGCAGGGACAAAUUCGAAGCAGUCAAUCAAGCUUACGAGUUUCUCUGCAGCCGUAGCUGCUGGACUGCUAAUGGUCCAAAUCCAGACAACAUUGUUUUGAUUCUCAGGUCACAGAGUAUUUUAUUUCAUCGUUAUGCAGACGAGCUACAGCCUUACAAGUACGCUGGUUAUCCACAGUUGAUUAAAACAAUAAAACUUGAAACUGAUGACGAACAAUUGUUCUCAAAGUCUGCACCACUUCUGGAUGCUGCAAGUGAACUUGCUUACCACACUGUUCACUGUUCUGCUCUUAAUGCUGAAGAAUUAAGAAGAGAAGGUGGUUUGGAAGUUCUGUUGCAAGCAUAUACAAGAUGCGUUUCAGUUUUGAACAACUCGAGUAAGCCAAAUGAGGUUGCUGUACAAGUUUGUACACAUAUUACGAGGUGCUUUGCAGUUGCUGGAUUAUUCAGAGGAUGCAGGGACAAAAUGGUUGAGCUACCGCAGCUUGUCAAAGACCUAUGUCGACUUCUAUACUUUAAGCAUUUAACAAAAUUGUGCUCAGUAGCGACUGAGUGUAUUUCAUCCUUAGCCAUGGACAGCGUCCUUCAAAUGCAAUUGCUGCAAUCUGGAGCACUGUGGCAUUUGCUCCUAUUUAUGUUCAAUUACGAUUACACGUUAGAAGAAGGAGGAGUGGAAAGGAAUCAGAAUGAAAAUCGACAGGAAGUGGCUAAUAACUUGGCUAAACUUGCCAUAAAAGCCUGUGCUAGACUGGGUGGUUACAUGACUGGAAAUAAUGAAACGCCUGUCAAUCCCGUUACUGUUGCUGCCUUGGAGAGUUCAUUGACGCCUUAUCUAGCCCGACAGCUCAGUAAAGAUAAGCCAGAGGAGAUACUCAAGAUUUUGAACUCAAAUUGCUCAAAUCCAUAUUUAAUAUGGGACAAUGGAACCAGGGCAGAAUUAAUCGAAUACUUAGAAUCAAAACGACAAGACAAAUUGAGUGGUAAUAGUGAAUUUGAACAUGAUUUCAAUGAGCUUAAAUAUACAGCCCAUAGCAACGAGUUGGUGAUCGGUGAGAUUUUUGUUAAAAUUUACAAUGAGCAACCAACAUUCCCUAUUGAGAACCCGAAGGGCUUCACGAUAGACCUGCUUGAUUUUCUCUCAACGUCCGCCGCUCAUUUAUGUUCCAUGGGAAGUGUUGCUUUGUCCAAAAAGGACCAAGAAAGUUUGAGACAUAUCGUUAUGUCCCUCGAAGCGUUGAAAAAUGUCAUAAAAAAUAAUCCCGGAGUAGAAAUUCAGUGUAUCGGUCAUUUCAAGUUGUUAUUUGGACUUUUGAGCUGCACAAGUUUCAACCCGAUUCAGAAGGCAGCCUUAGAAGUAAUCCACAAUGUGACUAAAAAUCAAGAGUGUGUUAAUGACAUUGCUGCUAAUGACGUAGUCGUUCAUUUGCUGUUGUGUUUGCACACUUUAGUGGAGUGCCAACUUCUUACUUUGGAAACAUUGUACGCUUUAAUGAGUACUACGAAGAUCGUAAAGGAUGCAUUGACUAAAGGAGCUGUUAUAUACAUUCUUGAUUUAUUCUGUAACUCCAACAAUACGCAAAUCCGUGAAGCUGCUGCUGAUCUGCUAGCAAAGAUGUCAUCUGAUAAACUAGCUGGCCCUAAAGUUAAACUAGAUCUAUCGAAAUUCUUACCUCGGUUAUUCAGCGAAGCGAUUAGGGAUGCACCAAAACAGUGUGUGCAUAUGUUUGAAUCCAGGCAUGAAAAUCCUGAGUUAAUUUGGGACGAUGAUGCAAAAAUCCGGGUUUCCAGGAUGGUCUCGGAGUUGAAAGAAGAUCACUAUGCAGCCCAGAAAGUGAAUCCAAAUACACCAUUGAAGUUACCUGACAAUCCGAGCAACAUAGAUCUUGCAACGAACGAGCCUGUUGUGGCUGGAGUGUAUUUACGAUUAUUCAUAUCUAGUCCUACUUGGGCACUCAGGAAACCCAAAGAAUUUUUGAGCGAACUAAUGGACACAACGUUGACGCUAAUGUCCAAGGAAAAAACAGAUACAAGUAUGCUUGAGUUAGCUACUCAGGCUUUGGUAUGCCUCUUGCAAGCCCAGCCAGCGUUAGCUGACCAGGUUCCAUCGUUAGGCCACAUACCAAGAUUGUGUAGACAAAUGUCUAUUCCUAGUGGUCAACAGGUGGUCUACAAAGCUGGGAUAUUGAUAUUACACCAAUUAGCUGCUAGUGAGAUAUGUGUAGCAUCGAUAUGUCAAACAGAAUGCAUAGGUCCUCUAAAAAAUGCCAUGCAAUCAAGAAGAGACAUGAUUACCAUCGCCUGCGAGGCAUUGAACAGAUUGUUUUCAAUGAAUGAGGACAGAUUGGUCAAACAGGCUUUAGAAGUGCAGAUGGUUCCAUACCUAUUAACGCUUCUAGAAAGUAGGUUGGACUCAAUCGAUAACCCUGGCACGACAAAAGCGCAAAUUGUAAAAGCCCUAAAGGCUAUGAGUCGGAGUUUGCUAUUAGGAGAAAAAGUUGUGGCAAUAUUGGAGAAAUCUUUGAUCUGGGCAGAGUACAAAGAUCAGAUGCACGAUCUGUUUAUAUCCAACGCACCUAGUUCCGGAUAUUUGACUGCUGGGGUUCCGGUGUCUGCUGGAUAUCUAACUGCAGGACCAAGUGCAACGCUCCCAACAGGACCUCCACCAGUCGACAGAGAAGACAAUGUGAUUAACAGGAACGAUAAUAUUUGAUAGGAAUAGAAAAUGGAUAGAUAACGACGAUUCGGAAACACAGUAGCUGGUUUAUUGUUGGUAUUUGAAACUAAAUCUUAAUGAUGUUAAUCACAACCAGUUCAGGGCAAAUUAGGCUCAUUUCUAAUGCUGCCCCUGAUAGGUUUGGAGAUCUUAUUGCUGUAAACUUUUGUAUCGGACUUAUUGAAGUAAUUGGAGCAUAUUUACCACGAUGUUGAUUGGCUUGACUGACUGCAUACUUUUGUGCUCAUUACUUUUCAGUGAUUGCCAGUCAUCGUGCAUAAAGUCGUUUGGUUUGAAAAUACGAAGUAAAUUGAAAUGUUUCAUCUGUUGGAAAUGUACUUGAUUGUACUUGCAAUUAGCAUUAUUUUCAUACAACAAAUCCAAAUCAUAUAGAGUUAAGAAAAUAAGAUAUUGUGUUUGAUGGGCGGAUGUUAUUUCAGUAAAAAAAUGUCUGCUUGACUUAACACAUGUGCUCUGAAAUUACACCACCGCAUCACCAAGGUGAGAUUUGUCACAGGAAAACAAAAUAAAAACGAAAAAUGCAAACCAAUGUACUAGCUAGGAAGACGUAUCGUUUGAAACGGUAUCCUAAAAGUAGUUUGCAAAUAUCCAUAAUCUUUGUGUAAAAGUUCUCAGUUAUCGAGUUUCAGUGACAGUGUGUUGGCAUUUGGUUUUGUCCUAUUCAACUCGCUAUUAUUGUCGAGUGUAUCGUACAAUGAAUAACAGGUAACAUGAGAUGUUUUGUAAUUAGAAAGUAUACGGGAACAAGAAUGAAAUACAGUUGUGUUGAAAUAUUCGAUUAUUUUAUAUGUGGCCCAUCACAAGCCCACGCACUUCUGCUAACUGUACUCUUUGUAAGAUUACCAUAAAUGAUUAUUUAAUUUUAAGCAAUUAAUGAUGCUUAAUGCCUCGUCAUUGAUUUUUGAGUAUGUACCUCAGUGUUUAUCCUCUAUUGGAUUUCAAAAAAAAAGAAACAUUAAACUGUACAUAUAUUAUAGGAAAUCACAGAUUAUUACUUAUGUAUAAAAAAAUUAAAAAAAAAAAAUGAUAAUUCAAAAUAUACAAUUUUGCACAUUA